AUGGCUCCAGGUGAUCUCGGCACCGGUCCAAAGGCCACGAAGCUCGGCCACGGCUUAGCCAAAGGGCUUCGCAUCCGCUUGAAUGAGCGACAAGCUGAGAACGACGCUUUGACUCGCGGCGAAUCAACCUUCUCGCACGGCAGUAGUGAUACCUAUGUUGAAGAAGAGCCCACUGCGAUCGAAUAUCUCAAAGAGCUGGUUCCGUCCCGCCAGCAGUACUUCACAUACCUCCGCAAUCUGUUUCCGUUCACAAGAUGGAUCCUGCGAUACAACCUCCAAUGGCUCAUCGGCGAUCUUGUCGCCGGCAUCACUGUGGGCUGUGUGGUUGUGCCGCAAGGUAUGGCCUACGCUAAGCUUGCUGCACUUCCAGUGGAGUACGGGCUUUAUUCAUCAUUCAUGGGUGUGCUAAUAUACUGGUUCUUCGCUACCUCUAAGGAUAUUACGAUCGGUCCUGUCGCAGUCAUGUCGACUAUUGUCGGCAACAUCGUCUUGGAAGUCCAGAAGGAUCAUCCUGAUGUCGAGGGGCAUGUCGUUGCCAGUGCGCUUGCCAUCAUUUGCGGCUCCAUCAUUACGUUCAUCGGACUUGCUCGAAUCGGCUGGAUUGUCGAGUUCAUUCCUCUUGUUGCUAUCUCAGCCUUCAUGACUGGCUCGGCCAUCAGCAUCGCUGCCGGACAGGUGCCAAAUCUUAUGGGAAUCAAAGUUGAUGGCUUCAAUACGCGUGGACCAACUUAUCAAGUCAUCAUCAACACCCUCAAGUACCUGGGCCACAGCAAACUUGAUGCCGCUAUGGGUCUCACAGCCUUAUUGAUGCUGUACCUCAUUCGCUGGGCUUGCGGAUUCGCAGCUAAGAAGUACCCUGCGAGGGCAAAGACCUUUUUCUUCAUUUCCACGCUGCGCACAGCCUUCGUCAUACUACUAUAUACUGGUAUCAGUGCUGGCGUCAACAUCAACCACCGCAAGAACCCGAAGUUCCAGAUUCUGAAGACUGUCCCGCGUGGUUUCAAACACGCAGCUGUGCCGACGAUCAACACCGAGAUCAUCAGCUGGUUCGCUAGCGAGCUCCCGGCGUCGGUCAUCGUCCUUUUGAUUGAGCACAUCGCUAUCUCUAAAUCGUUUGGUCGCAUCAACAACUACACCAUUGACCCCUCUCAGGAACUGGUCGCCAUUGGUGUCACAAAUCUAUUGGGACCAUUCCUUGGCGCAUAUCCUGCCACAGGUUCUUUCUCUCGGACCGCGAUUAAGUCCAAGGCUGGUGUCCGUACUCCUUUCGCCGGAGUCAUCACCGCCGUUGUCGUUCUGUUGGCAAUCUAUGCCCUCACCGCUGUCUUCUACUACAUCCCUAACUCAUCGCUAGCUGCGGUCAUCAUUCACGCCGUGGGUGAUCUCAUCACUCCUCCCAACACUGUCUACCAGUUCUGGCGUGUUUCUCCAAUUGAGGUCAUCAUCUUCUUUGCUGGAGUCUUCGUUACCAUCUUCUCUAGCAUUGAGAACGGCAUUUACACAACUGUCUCCGUCAGUGCAGCUGUACUUCUCUUCCGUGUUGUGAAAGCCAGAGGUCACAUCGUGGGACGGGUCAAGGUCCACUCAGUGAUUGGCGAUCAGUACAUGGAUGACGCUCAGAAACGCGACAUAUUCCUUCCUCUGGACCACAACGAUGGGUCUAAUCCCAACGUACAGCCUGAACAGCCAUAUCCAGGCAUUUUCAUCUAUCGCUUCAGCGAGGGCUUCAACUAUCCCAACGCAAACCACUACACUGAUUAUCUGGUGGACUAUAUCUUCAAGCACACCCGCAGGACUAACCCUGACUCUUGGCCGCGUCCUGGUGACCGACCUUGGAACAAUCCUGGACCUCGCGCGGGCAAACCUGAGCCUGAUAACUCGCAUCUCCCUACGCUUAAGGCCAUCAUUCUGGAUUUCUCAGCCGUCAACAACGUGGAUGUCACGUCCGUACAGAACCUGAUCGACGUGCGCAACCAAUUGGACCGAUACGCCACUCCCAAUGUCGUUCAAUGGCACCUGGCCUCCAUCAAUAAUCGUUGGACAAAGCGAGCACUUGCUGCUGGUGGCUUCGGAUACCCUACUGUUCCCACAGAGGAGUAUUCUCGCUGGAAGCCCAUUUUCAGUUUGGCAGAGCUCGGUGGCAACACCUCUGCUGCUGCUGCGGCCGAGAAGAGGGACAACAAGCACCUACGCCGCAAUUCGACUGCCGACGACAUUGAGACUGGACACGGUAAAGAAAGCAUCACCGUUGAUGCCGCCGACAAGGAUAGUUCGUCUGGUGGCUCGGACCUCAAGCAGACGCUUACUAGCAGCAAAGCGUACAAGAGGACUACGCUUGUGUACGGUUUGAACCGCCCAUUGUUCCACAUCGACCUCACCGCAGCGCUUCACGCCGCGAUUACCAAUGUUGAAGAGCAGAUGGGAUCUUCUUCAAGGAGUCCUGCCGACCUCAAGCGUGGAGUUGGCACAACCUCCGACUCUGAGGAGGAGCUCAAGGUGCAUGGAAAAGAGACUUGA